UGCUUUAGCCGCAGAGCUAAGGCUGCUUUAGCCGCAGAGCUAAGGCUGCUUUAGCCGCAGAGCUAAGGCUGCUUUAGCCGCACACACACAGAUAACUGAACUCCAGAACACACACACACACACACACACACAGACAGAUAACUAAACACGUCGGCCUUUAUUUCAGUCUCCGACAUGGACUUUCACACCACCGGAUCUGGAGCCUUGCUGUUGACGGGCAACAACGUGCCCGCUUUUCUGACUAAACUGUGGACACUGGUCGAUGAUCCAGACACUGAUCCUUUAAUCUGCUGGAGUCCAAAUGGCAACAGCUUCCAUGUGUUUGACCAGGGCAGAUUCUCCAAAGAAGUGCUUCCUAAAUACUUCAAGCAUAACAACAUGGCCAGCUUUGUGCGGCAGCUCAAUAUGUAUGGUUUCCGUAAAGUGGUCCACAUUGAGCAGGGAGGCUUGUUGAAGCCUGAGAAAGAUGAUACAGAGUUCCAGCAUCCGUACUUCAUCCGUGGACAGGAGCACUUGCUGGAGAACAUUAAGAGGAAGGUGACCACGGUAUCUAAUAUUAAACAUGAGGAGCUGAAGCUAAGCCCAGAGGAUGUGACCAAAAUCAUCUCCGAUGUGCAGCACAUGAAGGGAAAGCAGGAGUCAAUGGACAGCAAAAUCAGCACCUUGAAACAUGAGAAUGAAGCUUUGUGGAGAGAAGUGGCCAUGCUGAGACAGAAACAUGCCCAGCAACAGAAAGUUGUAAAGAAGCUCAUCCAGUUCCUUGUCACGCUGGCGCGGUCCAACAGAGUUCUUGGGGUGAAAAGAAAGAUUCCUCUGAUGCUAAAUGACAGCAGCACAACACACUCCAUGCCUAAAUACAGCAGGCAGUAUUCUCUGGAGCCUUCACACAGUCUCCCUUCCGCUGGAGCGACUUUCACAGGAACAGGCCUCUUCUCGAAUACUGCACCGGUCAAGACCGGCCCAAUAAUCUCCGACAUCACCGACUUGGCUCAGUGCGGCCCUGCUAGUGCUGAAGAGUGGAUUGAGGAUAGGACAAGCCCAUUGGUGCAUGUGAAGGAAGAGCCUUUAAGCCCCACCCACAGUUCUGAGGUAGAAGAAGUGUGUCCUGUGGACGUGGAGGUUGGGGCAGAGUCCAUUUUACCUGCAGACACGCCCCUUUCCCCCACCACCUUUAUUAACUCUAUUCUGCAGGAGAAUGAACCAUCACCUGCCCCAACUCAGCCCUUAUCACAGCAGAAAUGCUUAAGCGUGGCAUGUUUGGACAAUUGCUCCAAGACGUCUGAGGUGUCCCGCCCUUUUCCCAGCCUCUCCUCUUCGUCUUCUCACCUCAGAUCACUUCCACGGAAUGAGCUCAGUGAGCAUCUGGACAGCAUCGACAGCAGCUUGGAAAACCUACAGGCGAUCUUCAACAAGCAGACCAUCAGCUUUGAUUCCUCACCUCUCUUUGAUAUCUUCAGUUCAAACACUGGCACUGACUUUGACCUGGACAGUCUGGCAACUAUUCAGGAGUUGUUGUCCGAACCUGCCAAAGACAAUGAGUGCAGCACUGACCACAUUGAACCAGGAAAUCAGCUUGUUCAGUACACGGCUCAGCCCGUGGUGGUGUCCGACCCCAUGAGCAGUGAGAACUCGAGUGAGGAUCUGCCCAUUCUGCUGGAGCUGGAGGGAGACUCGUAUUUCAGCUCUGACCCUGCUGAUGAUCCUACCAUCUCCCUGCUGACCACUGACUACCAGCCUUCAGUACCUGAAGUCCCUAAGCUAUAGUAGAAAAAAACAGCUCAACAAACAGCUUAUAAUGAGUCAUCAGUGUGGGGGUUUAUUUUACUUUUUGUCUUUAUUGUUAGAAUAAUGCUAGUCACCGUUUUAUUUCCUGUUCUGUUUGCUCUUUUUAAAGUUUGAACCCCCUGACAGCAAUAUAAGAAUCUUUCAAUGCAGUUUUUCCGUAUCCACAUUGGUUAUGAAACCAGUUCAUCAGGCUUGCGUUUCAUUACGUAGCUGCACAGCAGGCGAGUGGUUAAAGCCCUUAUCUGGAAUUCUCAGAGCAGGAGAGUGGUCAUGACUAACACUCAGCGUACAAACACAGGAAAUGAGUUUAUACAGACUGACUCGUUUAAUCUUAACAAUCAGUCUAACAAUCAAUUAAUGCUGUGCUGAGAAUGUUUGUAACACACAGAACCCUAUACUACAGUUAUAUGUACAGAAUCAUUUAUAAAUACACGAGAGCUCCGCUUGAGUUGAGGCUUUUACUAACCUACAUAUCAUAACGAAAU